UACACCAGCUGCAAGGCGGUAAACAGAACCGCCUGGAACAGCACCGAAUAAGGGACAGAAACGAGAUCUCUCCAAGCUUAACUUCGUUGCUUCUUUUUAUACUGUUCUUAGAUUAAUUCUAUUCAUUUUCUAAUUUCCCUCGAGAUUUUUCCUUUCCUCAAAAUGACUGGUAGCCCGCUCACAGGGUUGCUGGUUGCGCUGUGCGUCACCAGUGCAGUCCACGGCUUGCCAAAGAAGAGCAAAAGACAAACUGGCCAAUAUCAGGUGUAUCCUGUGCUCCACGACGCCGCUACUCCGGUCGGCUGUGAGGACAACGGUCGCUCAUACAGACUGAACGAGCAGUGGGAGAAACCCUACCUUGGAAAUACACUGCUGUGCACCUGCAAUGGAGACGCAGGCAUCAAAUGUAAAACAAAACCUGCAGUGGAGGAGUCGUGUUAUGAUAAAUCCAAUGACCGGACAUACCGGGUCGGUGAAACCUACGAGAGACCUAAGGAUGGGAUGAUUUGGGACUGCACCUGUAUUGGUUCUGGUCGAGCCAAGAUCAGCUGUACCAUCGCAAACCGUUGCCAUGAAAGUGGGAGGUCUUAUAAAAUCGGGGACACUUGGCAGAGGCCUCAUGACACUGCUGAUUACAUGCUGGAGUGUGUGUGUCUUGGAAAUGGCAAAGGAGAAUGGACCUGCAAACCUGUAGCUGAACGUUGCUACGACAACAAUGCUGCAUCGUCAUACGUCGUGGGGGAGACCUGGGAGAAACCGUACCAAGGUUGGAUGAUGCUUGACUGCACCUGUCUGGGAGAGGGAAAUGGACGCAUCACAUGCACCUCAAGGAACCGUUGCAACGACCAGGACACCAGGAAGUCCUACCGAAUUGGAGACAACUGGAGAAAGACUGACACAAGCGGACACGCCCUGCAGUGCCUGUGCUUAGGGAAUGGCCGCGGAGAAUGGAAGUGUGAGAGGCACAACGCAGGCAGGGGCACAAGUACUGUCGUCCACGUCCAACCCCAGCCUCAGCCACAGCCUGAGCCUCCAACUGAGGGAACCUGCCGCACAGACUCCGGGGCCACCUACUACAAUGGAGAAAGCUGGACCAGAAGCCAGGGCAGCAAACAGAUGCUCUGUACCUGUCUGGGCAAUGGAGUCAGCUGUCAGGAGUGGGAGGUCAGGAACCAGGUGUAUGGGGGCAACUCUGAUGGCAAGCCAUGUGCGUUCCCAUUUGUCUUCAUGGGGAAGACCUACUACUCCUGCACCUCAGAUGGACGCACAGACGGGCAGCUCUGGUGCUCUACCUCCUCAGACUAUGAGAGGGAGCAGCAGUACUCUUUCUGUACUGAGAAGAAUGCCGUGGUGGUGACACGAGGCGGCAACUCCAACGGCGCUCUGUGCCAGUUUCCCUUCCUCUAUAGUGGCCGCAACUACACUGACUGCACCUCUGACGGGCGCCGUGAUGGCAUGAGAUGGUGUGGUACCACCUACAACUAUGACACAGAGCAGCGCUUUGGAUUCUGCCCCAUGGCUGCCCACGAGGAGGUGUGCACCACCAACGAUGGAAUGAUGCACCGUGUAGGCGACAAGUGGGACAAACGCCAUGAUGUCAUGGGUCACAUGAUGGAAUGCACAUGUCUCGGCAACGGCCGUGGGGAGUGGAGCUGUAUUGCUCACUCACAGCUGCGAGAUCAGUGUAUUGUUGAUGGCUUGCACUAUGAAGUGAACCAGGAAUUCUCCAAGGUCCACGACGAGGGCUACAUGAUGAACUGCACCUGCCAUGGACAGGGACGUGGACGCUGGAAGUGUGACGCUAUCGAUCAGUGCCAGGAGCCACAAACGAGGGCGUUCCAUCAGAUUGGAGAGACAUGGGACAAAAUGAUCCAUGGCAUACAAUACCGUUGUUAUUGCUAUGGCAAUGGGAUUGGAGAGAUGAGAUGUGAACCCCAGCAGACCAACCAAGGCGGCCAUGGACCUAUCCAGGUGAUCAUCACAGAGGCAGGAAAACAGCCAGACUCCCACCCCAUACAGUGGAACCCCCCUUCAUCUGUUCACAUUACCCAGUACAUCCUCAAAUGGAGAACUAAAAAUACUCGCCAGCCCUGGAAAGAGGUGACCAUCCCCGGCAACCUGAACUCCUAUACCAUCAGCGGGUUGCGUCCAGGCAUCACCUACGAGGGUCAGCUGAUUAGCAUCCUGCGCUACGGACGUCGUGAGGUCACACGUUUCGAUUUCACCACUACCCAUGGUUCUUUGGAAACAUCGGAGGGAGAGACCACCCCGCCUCCUCCAGUGGUGGACACUUCUGAGUCGGUGACAGAAAUCACCUCAAACAGCUUUGUUGUAUCCUGGACGUCAGCCUCAUCCACCAUCUCCGGCUUCAGGGUGGAGUAUGAGCUCAGUGAAGACGGGGCCAAGCCACAAUUCUUGGAUAUUCCUCGCACAGCCACCUCUGUCGCCAUUGGUGACCUCCUGCCAGGACGCAGAUACAAUGUCAACGUCUAUGAGCUUCCAGAUCAGGGAGAGCCGACCCUCAUCCUGAGUACCUCACAGACAACAGCUCCUGACACCCCUGCUCGGUAUAAUGUUGAUGAAAUUGGAGAGUCAUCAAUCCAAGUCAGCUGGUCCAGACCUCAGGCUCCUAUCACUGGUUAUCGUGUGGUGUACACGCCAUCAGUGGAAGGCAGCAGCACUGAGCUGAACCUGCCAGAAUCCGAGACCUCAGUGACCCUGGUUGACCUUCGCCCUGCUGUGCUUUACAACAUCAGCAUCUACGCUGUGGAGGAGGAACAGGAGAGUGAGCCUGUGUUUGUGCAGGUUACAACUGGUGGAUCUCCUCCACCAGAGGAGGUACCAGCACCCACAGACCUUCAGGUUUAUGAGGUUUCAGAUGUGAAGAUUGCCAUCACCUGGACUGGCCCACCCAGCGAGGUGACUGGUUACAGGGUGAACUUCUCCCCCAUUGGACCUGAUGGCACAGAGACGAGGCCCCUACAGCUACCUAUCUCACCCAAUGCGUACGCUGUCAUCAGCCACUUGCAGCCUGGUACACUGUACCGCUUCUACAUCUAUGCCAUCAACAGUGGAGUGGAGAGCAAGCCACUUGUGGGAGAGAAGUCUACCAAACCUGAUGCUCCCACCAAUGUGCGCUUUACUGACAUCGGCCCAGACAGCGCGUUGGCAAUAUGGGAGGCUCCCCGUGCCAUCGUAUCUGGCUAUCGUCUUCUCUUGAGCAUCGAGGGUUCCAACCCUAUCGAGAAGAGGAUCCCAGGCAGAGUCACCCAGUUCCCACUGAGGAAUUUGCGUCCGGACACCCAGUACACUGCCAUCCUGCACUCUGAGCUGGACAAUGACCUGAGUGAGGGCGUCACUACAUAUUUCACCACAGCACCCCAGAUGGGAAAUGCUCCUCCUUUCAACACAGAGGUCACUGAUACCUCUAUCAUUGUCAGCUGGACACCUCUCCGCAGGUUCAGCUACAAGCUGUCUGUGCUGCCCAGCCAGGUAGGCGAGUCUCCAAGAGAAGAGACCUCUGACACUGGACGUGUUUAUGUUUCUGAUCUUAUCCCUGGAACUCAGUACACCUACAGCGUCCAGCCCAUCUUCAACGGACGCCACCGUGGAAACCCCAUCACCCGCAACGUUGUCACUACUUUAUCUCCUCCCACUGACCUGAGGGUGGAGUCCAGCCCCGACACAGGAGAUCUUACUGUCCACUGGGUAGCCUCCAAAACACCAGACAUCACAGGCUACAAAGUGACAAGCACACCGACCAAUGGCCAACGAGGAAACUCCCUGGAAGAAUUAGUCAGGGCUGAUCAAACCUCAUGCACACUAGAAAACCUGAAUCUGGGAGUGGAGUACAAUGUCAGCGUGUUCACUACCAAGGGCCAUUUGGAAAGUGUGCCUGUGUCCACUAUUAUCACUCCAGACAUCCCCCCACCAAGUCAUAUUGACUUUGUCGACCUUACUGACACCACCAUUGGCCUGCACUGGAUCCCACUGAACUAUACUACCAUUACUGAAUACCGGAUAACGGUAGUAGCAUCAGGCCAAAGUUUGCCAAUUUUUCAAGAUGUGGUGGAGGCAUCUGCUGGUUAUUACACGAUUCGUGGUUUGGAGCCGGGCGUGGACUAUGACUUCAGUAUCUUCAGUGUUACAGAAGAGGGGGAAAGCAAGCCGACCACAUACACAAAGCAAAUACAAGCUGCAAUUCCCGCUCCCACCAAUCUGCAGUUCAGAGGGGUGGGUCCUGACCACAUCAGGGUGACAUGGACAGUCCCCCAUGUUGCCACACCAAGCGACAUCUCUCGAUUUGUCAUACGCUACCACCCUGUGUCCACUGAUGAUGACAUCAAGGAGGUUAAUGUGGGCGGAGCCACCAACACCUUCUUGCUGCAGAACCUACUUCCCAACACUGAGUACCGCAUCAGUGUUGUGUGUGUGUACGGUGAAAGAGAGAGUGAACCAGCCACAGCAACUCAGAGGACAACUCUGGACUCUCCUACUGGCUUGGACUUCUCUGAAAUUCAGACCAACGCCUUCAAAGUUCACUGGGUGGCCCCAACUGCUGUUAUUACCGGUUACCGUCUCAGCUAUCAGAGGACCAGUGGUGGACCGGCCAAGGUUGAGAGGUUGGCCCCAUCCAAGACCUUCUACACUUUGACUGGACUGGCACCAGAGACAGAGUACAUCAUCUCUGUGUACGCUGUUAACAACGGCCAGGACAGUCAGCCUUUGACUGGCACACAGGCCACCACCUCUGAUGCUCCCACUGACCUGCGGGUAACAUCAUCUACCCCCAUCAGCAUCACCAUUCGCUGGGAAGCUCCCUCUGCCUCAGUGAAGCACUACAGGGUCACCUAUGGAGGAGCAGGUGGUGAGACUCCUCAAGAGUUCAUAGUGCAAGCCCCUCAGACUACUGCCACCAUCACUGGUCUGAAGCCUGGUACUGACUACACCAUCACGGUCUACGCUGUUACCGGAAGAGGGGACAGCCCUACCUCCAACACCCCUGUCUACAUCACACACAAGACUGAUAUUGAGCCCCCCACCGAAAUGAAGGUGACUGAUGUGAGUGACAACGCCAUCACCGUGCGCUGGUCCCCUGCUCAGGGACCCAUCAAAGGCUACAGAAUCACCAGUGUCCCCAAGAAUGGUCUGGGACCCUCCUACUCCGAGGUGGUUGCUCCUGAUCAAACAGAGAUGACAUUCACAGGACUGAUGCCCACUGUUGAGUAUGUUUUCAGUGUCUAUGCCCUGGGCACAGAUGAUCAACCCUCUUCUGCUGUGGUGGAGAAUGCCAUCACUGCUAUGGACCGUCCUAAGGACCUGACCUUCUCUGACAUUGACUCCACUACCAUGCGCAUCACCUGGGACAGUCCAGACGGCACGGUGACAUCAUAUCGCAUCCUCUACUCCAGCUCAGAGGAGGGCGAGAGGGAGCUGCGUCCACCACCCAGAGGUGACCAGGACAGUGUGGUGCUGAGAGGCCUUCGCCCCGGGACAGAGUACACUGUUAAAGUCAUUGCUCUCCAUGACCGCACACCCAGCAAGCCAUUGGUGGGAACACAGGCCACAGUAAUCCCUGCUCCGACCAACCUGGUUGUCUCAGAGGUUGGUCCCACCUCCUUCACUGUGCAAUGGAGAGCCCCCAGUGCUCGCCUGACAGGAUACCGUGUGGUCGUCAGGGCUAAGAACAUCAACGCCCCCACCAAGGAGAUGAAUGUUGCUCCAGACACCACAAGUGUCAUUGUACCAGCGCUCAUGGUGGCGACCACAUACCAGAUUGAAGUCUAUGCUCUGAAGAACUCUGUCACAAGCAGGCCAGUGGAGGUAGAGGCGACCACACUGCAAGAUGUAAGUCCUCCAAGGCGUGUGCGCAUCUCGGAUGUGAAGGACUCCUCUUUCACACUGACCUGGCGCACCAAGGAGGAAACCAUCAGUGGUUACCUCAUUGAUGCCACACCAGUCGGUGCCUCACGACCCACCAUCACCAAGACCAUUCCAAAAGACGCACAGAUGUACACUCUCACAGGAUUGCAGCCUGGAACCAUGUAUUCUGUUAACCUGUACGUUCUGAAUGGCAACACAAGGAGUGCCCCAUUUUCUCUCACUGUUCAGACAGAUAAACCAGUGGUCCAGGCUCCAACCAACCUCCAGUUCACAUCUUUGACCCCCACCUCCAUCUCCUUCACCUGGCACCCUCCUGCCACACACAUCACAGGAUACUACGUCACCUACGAACAAUCAGGAGGAGCACCACGAGAGCUCAUCCCACGCCCUCACGCCGGCCAAAACUACGCCACCAUAUCUGGCCUGAGACCAUCCACAGAGUACAUCAUCAAGAUCAUCGCCAUUCAGAACACACAGAGGAGCACACCUCUGAUUGGCAAAAUCAGGACUCAACCAGAAUCCCUGCUUCCCCUGCCCCAGCGCCCUGGCAGUGGUGAUGACAGGCUGGAUGUGCCUGAAACUGACUUGGACAACACAGUCCCGGUAGCAGGCGGCAGUGGCCACGAUGGGAUUGUUGGUAACAUAGAGUACAAAGAGUUCGACAACAACAAUGGAGACAACAGGUUUAAUGGGAACAAUGGCUACCCACAGUCACCCUAUGGUCAAGUUCGUGAGCCCCUGGUCUUUGUGCCCCUCCCUGAUGCAGAGGGCCGCAGGCUGCCCAUUGUGAAGCUGAACGUGCCCAUUGGCACCACGUUUGGUAAUGAAACAGGAGUGCCACAGGAGGCUCAAACUCAGACCACCAUCUCCUGGAAGCCAUACAGUCAGAGCAACGCCUACCUGGUCUCGUGCAAUCCACUCACACACACAAAUGAGAAGAUGUUCCAGAUUCGCUUGCCAGAGACAUCCACCACUGCUACCCUGAUUGGACUUACCCCUGGAGCAGACUAUAAUGUGAUUGUGGAGGCUCUGAAGGGAGCACUCAAACACAAGGUUCUGGAGCAGAUCGUCACUGCUGGAAACACAAUUCCAGAGGGUGUGCCAUCCAAUAAGGACUCCUGUUAUGAUGCCUUUACCGCAACCUACCAUGAUGUUGGUGCUGAGUGGGAGCGCAUGUCUGAGACCGGCUUCAAGCUGUGGUGCAGAUGCCUGGGCUUGGGCAGUGGCCACUUCAGAUGUGAUUCUUCUAAGUGGUGCCAUGACAACGGCGUCAACUAUGGCAUUAACGAGAAGUGGGACCGCCAGGCAGAGAAUGGUCACUUGAUGAGCUGCACUUGCUUGGGAAAUGGCAAAGGAGAGUUCAAGUGUGAACCACAUGACUCUGUGUGCUAUGAUGAUGGCAAAGCAUACCAGGUGGGCAACCAGUGGCAGAAGGAGUACCUGGGUGCUAUCUGCACCUGCACAUGCUUCGGAGGACAGCAGGGCUGGCGUUGUGAGAACUGCCGCAGACCAGGUGCUGAUGUAGAUGCCAGUCUGCUGCAGCCUGUUAGAUAUGGAGACAACACACUACGCAAACUGAACAUUCAUUGCCCCAUUGAGUGUCUCCGUCCCGACCUGCUGGCAGAUGCACACGUCCCCCAAAAUACUCGGGAAUAAAAGGAUCAGCCAUCAGACAUCUGCUUUGCUCCCUCACCGUCCAAUCGCUGCACUGUCUCACCCUGUAGAAGCCAUGCUGUCUGUGACUGAACUAACUGCCUUAUCACUUUCUGACACACCUUCAGCUAAAGAUUAGGUUAGGUUAAACUGCUCUGCUGCCUUUUGAAAAAAUGUUCUAAUGUCUUUUCACUGUUGACUGUCAAGUCUCUUGAAAAAUGAGGACUCGUGCCAUCACAAUAUUCUUUUCUGUGCAACAUUUCCCACAGCUUUAAAAGAGUUACAAUAUUUUCCACAUAUUUGUAUAUGCGCCUCAAUGGAUGUUAUUUUGAUCUCGUCACCACACAGAUUUACAUAUGUCAAAUUGGCAUUUUGUUUUCCAUUCAACUAAUUCAGAAACAUUUCCUAAUGAAAGAGCAGAAACUGUCAGAAAGUAAGCACUGCGUAAAAAGAAUGUCAAUGUAGUUUUAACAUAAUGUUGUUUAAACUGUCCAUGAAAAUGUGCUUUUCUUUUCUGUAGCCCUUCUUCUGUUAUGCGGAGGGGGGUCGCACUGUGUGUGAUUGACACAUUCUGAACUCUGUCUUUUUACUAAUUUAUCCCUUUAAUCUCAAUGUGUGAAUGUGUGAGCUGAGAUGUGAGAAUUUGAACUGUUCUAUUUUUGUACUUUGUUGUCUGUGCCAAAGUUGUUUCUACCUUUGACAAAAAAAAAAGAAGUCCCUUAUUUUAAUAAAGCUGGAGAGAUCCUGAACCCUUACACAA